AUGGAGAGCACUUUAGGUCCACGUGAGACUACUCUAGAAACUCACCCAACCCAAGGGAUUUCUUUCUCUCGAGAAACCAUUGUCAGCAUUAUUGAUUUCCUUGUUCCUGGAUGCAGAAUUUUGGCUAUCGAUGCUCUGGAACAUGGCCGAUCAUUCAACAAUCGCAUCUACUUUUUGAAGGUUUAUAUUCCUGACGACCUGCUCUUGCAUAGCCUAAACAACGGAGCUGUCAAUGAUUUGGUUUUGAAAUUGAACGGCAAGUUCUUUGACUAUACGAAGAGCAAAAAUGAAGUGUCCUGCUUGUCUCUUCUUGAACACUUUGUGCCCGAAAUUCCGUCACCAAAGGUUCUUGCUUGGUCUGAUAGCAAGAAUUCCAUCGUUCACAAGUUGACUGCCACGGGAAACUUAGCAACAAAGGAAUUCGAGAUUAAUUCCGAAGGCGAUGGAAAAGUUCAGGGCUGGAUCCUAAUGACUCGACUUCCUGGAGUUCCUUUGUCGACGCUGAAUCUAAAUACAGACAAGCUCAAGGUCGUCGGCGAGCAACUAGCGGACAUAGUCUACCGCUGGAGAGAGUCGCUCCCUGCCUGGGCAAGCGCUGGGAACCUUGAAUGCGAAAUCUCUCAUGAGGAGGAAAAAGCCCUAAAUUCAUUAGAAGUUCCCGGUUUGCGCAUUGCGUCUUCUUCAUACAUGCCUGGUUUUGGUGUCAAAGUUGUUGAGCCUAUCAUAAGCCAGCUUCAGUACUACCAAGUGAAACUUGAGACACGGCUCCAGAAGCUUCAGGAAUUCGAUAUAUUUUCUGGAAACAGGCAUUUAAUAGCUCCAAUCAAAGAGUUCAUUGCCAUCCAAUUGCCUCAGCUCGGAAUAAGUAGUGGGGAAAGUCGUUUCUUAUUCACACACUACGACCUUUCUCCACGCAACGUCUUGGUGUCUGCGGAUCACACGAAGAUCACUGGCAUUAUUGACUUUGAGUUUUCUGGGUUUUUCCCUGAAUUGGAUGAAUUUGUCAAUGACUCCGUGGCAAAUGAAGGCGACUGGCCUGAUGCUUUUUACGAAGCAUACUUGAGUAGGCUCGAGGUCUGCGGAAUGAAAACUCCAAGAAAAGGCAUCAAAGACCAAUAUUGGAGAGAAGCAACAUCACUUUCUCGGUUAGAAGACAACGUAGCGCCCUGGUGGCUUGAGAAUCUCGCACCAGAGGACAAGAACCAAUACUCGGAAGACCUACGGAAGUCGGGGAAAACGGUUCUAGAGACAAUUCAACUAUUUGGUACUGGCCUUUGA